UUAACCGUAUUUGUAAACUAGUGUCAGCAACCUUUUCUAUUUGUAUUCCAGCAAACAGCUAUUUGUAUAUAUUUUUGAUUUAUUUCAACAUCUGAAGUGGAGGGUUUGUGUUUUGACCUCAAUGACGUCUCAUGACGUGCUCCUACUUCUUCCGGGUUAGUCCUCUCUCCAGCGUGGUUAUUGGAGUUGUAUACCCACAUAGCAUGUGUAGCUAAAAAAAAUAGAAGAAUAAGAUGAGUUCUCAGAAAGGUAAUGUAUCUCGGUCGCGAGGCCAAAAGCAUCAAAACGACACUGCCUACAGAAACGACAAGUACGGAGCGACUAUACAAGUGAAGAAGGCAAACUCAAAGAUCCAUGAAGGGAUCUGUCAACAUUGUAAGGGUGUUCUGGAGUGGAAAGUAAAGUACAGUAAAUACAAGUCACUGACACAGGCCAAAAAAUGUAUCAAGUGUGCUCAAAAGACAGUGAAGGAUGCAUAUCACAUCCUUUGUAAGCCCUGUUCUCUUCAGCUGGGGAUCUGCUGCAAGUGUGGGAAGAAAGGGAACAUCGUUAUUCCAAUUAACUCGCAAGGGGACAAGAAAGAGGAAGAAGAAGAAGAAAAAGAAGAAGAUGCUGUUGAAAAGCAAAAGAAAGGACUUGGACGAGGGAAGAAAGACGUGGAUGACUUGGACAGUGACGAUGUUGAUGAUGAUAACUUAAGUGACCCCGCAGAUGAUGAUGAUGAUGAUGAUGAUGAUGAGGGAGAGGAUUUAGAUAGUGACUCAAAACCAAAGAAGACUCCAAACAAGUCUGACGUGCUCCCAGAUGUGUCCCGAGUCAGCUUUAAAGACUAAACACAGUGGGAUGGUUCUUGGGUACCAAGUGGAUCAUUUUUUUCCUCCUCUUUUUUUUAUUUUUACAAAUCAAGUUGUCUUAUCAAAGUACAUUAUGAGGUUUGAGAGAUGACCAUACUCAAAUUAACAAAUUCUGCUGGUUUGAUGCAGAACCUGGAAGAUGAGUUCAUGUUCAACUCUGGGGAAGUUGAGUUGACAAAAGCGACCAGAUGAUCCAGAUGUUGUAUAUCAUUUUGGAUAUAAAUAACUGUAGAUUAAGAUGAAUGGGAUGUGCCAUGUACUGUCGAGCUGCAAAGAUUAAUUGAUUAGUUUUUAACUAAUCAAUUAAUUGGCAACUACUUUGAUGAUCGAUUUGAGUAAUUAAAAAAUGAAAGAAUCUCUGAUUCCAGCUUCUUUCCACUGGUCGACAUUUUUCACCAUUUCCUGACAUUUUAUAGACCAAACAUCUCGUAAUUAAUAGUAUUAAACUAGUAUUAAUCGAGAGAAUAAUACCCAGAUUUAUAGACUAUGAAAAUAAUCGUUAGUUCCAGCCCUAUUGUACUGUACACUCUCAAACCCAUUCUCAAACUAUGCCAGCUGGAUAUAUAUAUUGUAAUGUAAUAAAAACCUGUACACUUUA